CCACUAUUCAGAAUCUCAUUGGUCCAAUAUGGCUUCCUUUCUUUCUCAUCUCCCACCAUUUUUCUAGAGAGAGAGUAUAUGAAGAUUUGAAUGUGUUUUGAAUCAAAUCAAGGCAAUCGAUCGGGUGUUUUUCUUUGUUUUGUGAUUGAUUUUUGUUGGUCGUAAGAAAAUGGAGGAUGCGAUCGGGGCAGCAGAUUCAGCGGGGGAUUCUCAAACGACGUCUUACUGGUCUCCUCCGUUCAACCUCCCUCUCAUCUCUGCUUUCCUCUCCUUCGCCAUCGCCCAAUUCCUCAAGCUCUUCACCACCUGGUAUAAGGAGAGGAGAUGGGAUUCUAAAAAAAUGAUUGAUUCUGGUGGAAUGCCAUCCUCGCAUUCUGCAACAGUAACAGCUUUGGCGUUGACUAUAGGCCUACAAGAUGGAACAGGAGGACCUGCUUUUGCCAUAGCAAUAGUCUUUGCAUGUGUUGUGAUGUAUGACGCCUCUGGAGUCAGACAGCAUGCCGGUCGACAGGCUGAAUUACUGAAUCAAAUAGUAUGUGAGUUUCCUCCUGAACACCCACUAUCCAGUAGCAGACCUCUGCGUGAUUCACUUGGGCACACUCCUAUUCAGGUUGUUGCAGGUGGCUUGUUGGGAUGCAUCGUAGCGUAUCUGUUGAGGGGUUCCAAUUAAGACAUGGGAUCACUGACAAAUUUUUUCACCUCGUCACCAAAUUGACCAUUGAUUAUCAUAUGCAGCAGCUUUGGCAAGGACGAGCAGAAGAGCUGCUGUGCAAGAUGAUUUCCCAGUUACUGAAAGCCUAUAAAGUGGUUUGGGGGUGCUUCAUUUGGAUUCAGGGAGAGUUAAUAUUUGCUGUUAACUUUCGCAUAGUCCCCUGUAUACAUGGAAUGGAUGGCUUCUCUAUAAAUUGUUUCUCCUUUUUUCUGUCUCUCUUAGCACAAUUAUUCUGAUGUUUCCUCUGUUGCUGAUUUACAUUGAAUAUGGGAAUCUUACUCCUGGCAUUUGAACUCCCACAUUGUAAUAGGAAGGAGAAAUUCAUACUAUUUCCCAUUAAUUACUGGUUUGGAUUAUUUAUUAGAAAUGGGAACAUAAAUGAAAAUUCAUUCCUAUUCUUUGAA